AUGACAAGUCUUCAGGCGUCCAUCAAGUUCGAGUCCCUGCGCCGGGCCGGGAAGCACACUGAGAGCAGGGUGAAGAGGCUGGUGAAAGCAACGCUGGAUUCCAAGCAGGAUGAUUUGGGCAUCGGCCUUCAAUUGUUCUACAACACGCAGAUCUUUCUCAUCGUCUUCAGCUUGCUUGGUUUGGCCUUCAACUUCUUCUCGCUGAAGGUGCUGGGUCCUGGCACAUCCUUGGCCCACUUGGUGGAGGAAGCCCAAGUCUGUCCCAGCUCCGCAGCGGAUCUCAGGACCGGACGGAUCUCGGGGUCUCAUGUCGAGCACGACCGCGCGAAGAUCGGGCAGGUCGUGGGCAUCAGCUUCUGGUUCGCCUCGGUCUUGCUCUCAUGGGGCUUUCACUACUACCAGAAGAGCUUCCAGAAGGAGUAUGACUCUACGCACCAGACAUCUGAUGACUACACUUUGAUGUUGGAAGGUGUGCCCAGAGAAUGCACGUCAGAACGUCGAUUGCACAGAUAUUUGGAGAAAGAGUUGAACAUGGAGGGCCGCAUCUAUGGUGUUUGUAUUCUAUAUGACCUGGUGCACAUUCCCCCGGAGGUCAAUGAGAAGUGUGAGGAGAUGCUGGAGCACAUUAUUGAGCUGGAUGACUUAAGAAAUGGCUGGGCUCGUGCUGACUUCUCAAUGUCAGAAAAGGCACUCGAAGAGGAUAUCGAGAACGAUAAGGAGGAGUUCAAGGAGAUCCUCCACAAGCACUUGAGAUGUUGUGGACGCGCAUACAUCGUCUUCCACACACAGAUGUCCAUGAUCCGCGUUUUGCGUGAACGUCGUGGGCUUCGAAAGCAGAUCUUGUUCCCAAAAUACGAGAGCAAGGAUGGUGAUGGUGAGAUCGACAUGGUCCAACUACUGAACCGUGGAGAUCAGCCAGAUGGAGUCAGAUACGAGAAGGCCGAGAUGUCCCCUGCCGAGCGCCGGAAGACCUAUUUGGUCCUGCCGGCCCGGCAGAUUGUCUAUAUUUUGAUCUACGUGGUCACAGCGCAGGUCUUCUACACUUUUAUGCAAAAGCCCUGGAACGACUGUGCCAUGGAAGCCUCCAGUGCGGCUGCGGGGGUUGCUUUAGCCAGCAAAGGCGUUUUGCUGGUGAACUUUGCCAUCCAGACCGCCGUGGCUUUCGAUGUCGAGGGGUGCGGCUUUUUGCGGAUCGCGAAGGUGGAUCAGAUGACCUUCAUUUUCAACACCCUGCUGAUGGCCUGCAGCUCAGGAUCAGUGUUUUUGCCGCCCGAGGACGACGACGUGUGUGGCGCUGUUGAUCAUCCUGAGGGAGAGGAGCUUCGUCCACCAGAUGUGAGCUUUAAUGGUGGCAACCUCUUGCGUGAGGAACUCACUGCUGAGUGGUGGCAGUGGCGGAGUGGCCUCGUGAACUCAGCAGCUGCUGAGGUGAGCGCCUACCAGGCCUUGGUCUCUGUCUUCACUGAGCAGACCAUCAUGCUGUACGUGCUCGGUGAAGUUGGAAAUGUGAUUGGGCCAGUGGCCUUCUUUUGGUUCGCGUUGCGUGCGGUCUUCAUCUCGAAUAUCGGUGGUGGUCCCCAGUCUCGGAUCCAGAAGUUCUUGCGCUUGGUCCUGCCGAAGACGCGGGAUCCCGUGGUCUUGACGGCCCGAGAAGCUGAGAAGGCGCAGAUGUUGGUUCCUUUGCUUCUGUGGAUGGAGUACACCUAUGUCAUCAUCUUUCCGGCGAUUGCCUUCACGGCCUUUUAUUUCAUUGACUUUAGCAUGAAGAUCUGGGUGGCCCUCACCGGCUUCGCCAUCCUCUUCUUCCUCUGGCAGCGCUAUGUGAUGCUUUGGCUCUACGGGAAGUCGCAAUUUGAUUCAGAAGAGACCUACUUCUCCUUUAUCAUCAUUUGGGGUUUGGUCCUGGCCAAGUGCGCGGCCUCCUUUGCGCUUUGGGCCUAUCGCUUGCAAGAGAUCACCGAGUGGCCCUUCGCACUGUUGAUCUUUGUAUUGAUUUUUCUGCUCACAGCCUUCAUCUAUACCGCCGGCAUUCUGUAUAUUGAGUGGUGUUUUGCGAAGGAAGGCAAGACUCUGGACAAAAUGGAGGGGGAAGGAGAGGAAGGAGCAGAUCCUGGAUAUGAUGCCAUCAUGGAAACAACUGGGAUCUCUUGGUGGAACGUGAACCCGGUUUAUGUGCUCAAGCAGCGACUUUGCCCCAAUGAGCCAGGCUUCGAGGUCCACGAUGCACGGGUGCCUUGCUGGCCCUCCUGGUCUGAUCAAGGUUACUUUGAGAAGGGCAAGGAAUUUAGACAUCGACGACACCAACCUAAAUUUCAUCAUUCUUAA